UGAAAUUUCAUAUGCAGCAGGUCAAAGGUCAAGUCUGGUUAGACAUGGAUGCAAACUUGACUGAUUAGCAAUAGAACCACAUAAAUGCUUGGCAGUAAUUCUAGUUGAUUGCUCAGCAGGGCCAGCUGUUUCUUGUAAACACAAUGGCAUCAUUGACCUACUGACUGCUCUCUCACAGGCAGUCAAUCGCACAAACAGCCUAUUACUACACAAACCCUGUUGCAGGGUCUGCUGCAGGAUAUUCACAAUGACAGCGUCUUGGAGUUUCUGCCGCUCUUUUUGUCUCCUGCCUCUCCUCCUGGCUCUGAAGACGCACACAGCAAGCUCGGCUCCUGAUUUCUCUCUGUAUCUUCACAGCAUUCUGAAAAACCACACGGCUCAUGCUUGUGAAGGAGAAAUCCUCAUCAUCAAGUGUCCCUCCAGGACGUCCGUGGCCAUCCUAUCAGCCUUCUAUGGACGCCGUGUUCCCAGUCAGCAUUUAUGUCCUCCUGCAAGCACAAACACAACUGUGGAGGAGGACACGGAGUGCACUUCCUCAGUUGCUAUCGAGAAAGUGCUGUCAGAGUGUCAGGAUCGGCGGUCGUGCCACAUUCCCGUCUUAAGUCCGGUGUUUGGCCAGGAUCCCUGUCCUCUCACCACCAAGUACCUCCUAGUCUCCUACAAGUGCAGACCAGAGCACCACCGCACACGACUGGUGUGCGAAAAUGAGCGUUUGAGGCUGAUGUGUAAAAAUGAGACUGUCAUCGCAAUCUACUCUGCCUCAUUUGGACACCUGCUGCACGGCAGUCCUCACUGUCCUCAGGAACCUGGAUCAAAGGCUGACAUUGAGUGUUUGUCUCCGGCGGCCCUGAGGAAAGUGUCACGCAGGUGUCACAGCAGAGCAAACUGUUCACUAAUAGCCGAUACUCGAACCUUUGGGGACCCGUGCUUCCCCGGCACCAGGAAACACCUGCGGGUGUCCUUCACUUGUGUCCCCAGAUAUCUCCUCGAAGAUGUGGGUCAAGGUCCAACAGAUCCUUUCAUGAUCUCAGAUUACACACACGGUCUCCCAGAGCGAGUUGCUCUCUACUUUGUCUCCGGCAUCUGUGCUGGUCUCGUGUUCUUGCUCUGCCUGUUUGGUGUUCGCUCCACACUUGUGAAAGACGUUAAAGAUCUGGUUUCUGACCUGAAUGAUGAGCUGAAAGCAUCUCGCAGACGACGCAAGGAGCUCAUGGAGGACCUCUUUGAAGAGGAUGUCUCUGACACAUCUUCUUUCCGCCGCCUCACACAAUCCUACCGGACAACUGACAUCUUCAGUCCACCCACUUUAACAGUAGAGAUGGUUGAGUGGGAGGAGGAACAGACUAGGGAUCUGCCCAACGGAGACAUUUGGCCACACAGAGACUCCAGCCCUUACGCUAUACACAAGAUUAAAACCUACAACAAUUGAGAGUAAAGCAUCAGUAUACUGCAUUAGAACGAUAGUUGCUAACUGAAAUCAUACUGAGAUAGUGCUUUUACUGUAAAUUGGACCUAUUAUGCUCAUUUCCAGGUCCAAACGUUCACUCCUCUACUCUUCUAGAGGAGCUUUGCAUGACUCAAAAUUCAAAAUAAUCCUUAUUUAUCUUGAGCUGGGUCCUUAGUUCAUUCACAGUCUGAAACGAGCCAUAUGAACUCCUCUUCCUCCAAGCCAACUUUCUUCUGAUUGGGUGCCCCUCACAAACUCAAAGCUUAAGCAUUAGGUGGUUGGUUCCUAAGUGCCAGAGAUGAAUUAGGGAAGUCCCCAAUCUUUGACAUUAGGCAAAGCCAAGAGUAGAAAAUAAAGUCUGAAUUUGAGUGUUUAGAACAGCCUGAAGGGAACCUCUUGUACAUACAAUAACCUCAUUAUUUAAAACCAGUUUAACCUGAACAGUAAUGAGGUAUAUGUGACAGAAAAUAAGGGAAAGGAUGAUAGCUUCUCUUUAAAUGUAACUGAACCUCCUAAUCUGUCUCAAUGCAUGAUGACACUACUAAAAUACAUGAAAA